UUUCACCAGACUACGACCAACAGGGUUGAGAGCAUGCAUGCAACAUUAAAAAGUCACUUUCCAAGUCAUCACAACACACUGGAUAAACUUGUACUGUAUGUUGAUCAUGUUGUUGCUAAACAAUACACCGAGAUUAGAAGUACCUUUGAAACAAGCCUCCGAAAAGUGAUGACGCACCACAAGAAUCAGCCCAUGCUUGCAUAUAUUCUCAGAAAGGUUUCAAUAUAUGCGAUUGAGCUUUUGAGUAUCGAACUAAAACGUAAGGAAGACGGGUUGAGAGCCUACGGUGCAAGCUGUGGUUGCCAACUUUUUACCAGCUGUGGUUUGCCAUGUGUCUGUCGUUUGGAAAAGGUGGAAAAUAAAGGUCAGCAAAUCCGGAUCACACACAUAGACGUGUUUUGGAAGAAGCUUGACUUCAAGCCUGCAAGGAAUAAAAUAGAGGAUAUUGAUGUAGACGCGGAAUUUGAAAAAUUGAAAAAACAGAUCGAUCCAACACCCCCUCAAGUGAAAAGGAGCUUCUUUGAAAAGUUUCAGCAAAUCCUCAAUCCAGGGAACAAUAACAAAAAACCUCCUGCUGUUCUGAAGAAAACUCGUGGUCGACCAACACUGAAAACGCAGGAAGAAAGAAGGGUUGAAGCUGCUAGACAAAGCUCUUACAUUCCGUCAGAAGAAACUUGGGUCGAUGCCUCAGACGAUCUUCCCCGUCACAGCUCGUACAUAUCAGCCGAAGAUUCUUGCAGAGGAAAGAAUACCAAACCGCUCAACCUACACCCUGAUUUCCCGAAUAUCAAGCUCGGUCCUAAGACGGAUAUAGCGAUCGCAACUACGCAUCUCAGAUUCCCAAAGUGAUCCAUCCAUACAUCGUUAAAAUAAAGGACGUGAAACCAGAUGGUCAUUGUGGAUUUAGAUCGGUGGCUGUUGGGUUAGGAGUGAAACAAAAUUCAUAUUUGAAGAUCCGGGAACAGCUUCUAAAGGAGUUACGUAUGAACGAAUCGCUUUGGAGGCAGGUUUUCGAUCCGGAAAAUGUAGGACAUUAUGAUGCGCUGGUUAAACGGAUCGAUUUCAAGGGGGUGGGACGAGCAGGUAUCGAAAAUUACAUGUCGAUGCCUGAGACGGGGUUUCUUAUUGCCCAACGAUACGGUGUGAUUGUUCACACCUUCGACAUUCGUGGGAGCGAUACAAUUUUCCCUAUGUUGGGCGGCCCAAACGAAGCUGAGGAACCUCACCUGGUAGUUGCGGUUGUGUUCGUCGACAAGGGGCAUUUCAUACAUGUAGAGCUUGGAGGUUGUUAUCCAAUGCCUCCCCCAAACCUACUCUGGACAGCGAACAGAACAGAGCGCGCAGCAGCCUGGCAUACAUUAUACAUGGAUCAGAUCAACACGUACGAAAUGCUUACGUAUCGUGCCCCUGACCUUAAUGCAACCCCAUAUGUUCACGAUGUAUCUUAAAUGUGUUUAAUAAUAAUCACGUUUGUGUUUGUGUA